AUGAAGAAUGGAAGCAAGAUUCGGAGAAACCACAAGUGUAUGAAAUCAUCAGUUUUUCCCAAAUCUCAAAAUAUCUCCAAAGAUUUCCGAAGUCUGAUCCCUUCUAGGAUGAGGCGGCAAACGGGUCUUGUGGUCUCAUGUGGAGAAGUGCUAAAAGCAAAGUCGCAUGUUGUGGUCUACACCAAGGAGCGGGAUGAAGAUAAAGAAAGUGUUGGCUCUUCAUAUCACGUUGCUGUACAAGAUGAAAGGGAUACUUUAUCUCCAAUAAGGGUUGGUGAAGAGUUGGAGGAUGUUUAUUGGUGUUACCAUAUAUCUGUCGAUGAUGGCGAACCUCAAGAAGAUGAAGACGUUAAGGAUGCUCCGCCCGAAUUUGAAGAAGGGGUAAAAACGACAGUCGACGCAUUGAAAGAAAUCAACCUUGGCACUGAUGAAGAUCCAAGGCCUACUUAUGUAAAUUCUUUACUUGCAGUCGAUGAAGAGAGUGCUUAUGUUGAAUUACUUAAAGAGUAUAAGGAUGUAUUUUCCUGGAGUUACAAAGAGAUGCCUGGCUUAGACCCUAAAGUUGUGGUCCAUCAUCUCGCUGUCAAGAAUGGCACACGUCCUAUCAAACAAGCACAGCGACGUUUCAGGCCCGAAUUGGUUCCCUUGAUCGAAAAUGAAGUUAACAAGCUUAUUGAGGCUGGUUUCAUUCGCGAAGUUAAGUUCCCCACAUGGAUUUCGAGCAUUGUCCCUGUGAGAAAGAAGAAUGGACAAAUUCGAGUAUGUGUUGACUUUAGGGAUCUCAACAAUGCAUGCCCUAAGGAUGAAUUUCCACUUCCCAUUGCUGAGCUUACGAUUGAUGCCACUACUGGAUACGAGGCGAUGUCCUUCAUGGACGGCUCAUCUGGUUAUAACCAGAUCCGCAUGUCACCUAAGGAUGAAGAGCUUACCGCAUUCCGCACUCCUAAAGGUAUUUAUUGCUACAAAGUAAUUCCUUUUGGCUUGAAGAAUGCUGGAGCAACAUACCAAAGAGCUAUGCAAAAUAUCUUCGACAACAUGCUUCACAAAAACGUCGAAUGUUAUGUUGACGAUCUGGUGUGUGCAUUUGGGGUUACCUCCGGAAAAUUCCUUGGCUUUGUCGUUCAACAUCGGGGGAUAGAAAUUGAUCAAGCCAAAGUAGAUUCAAUCGUGAAGAUGGCGGAGCCAAGAAACAUCCAUGAGUUGAAAAGUCUGCAAGGGAAGCUGGCGUAUCUUAGGAGAUUCAUCUCAAAUCUAGCAGGGAAAUGUCAGCCGUUCAGUCAUCUCAUGAAGAAAGGUGCUCCUUUCGAAUGGGACCAAGCUUGUGACAACGCCUUUGAGAGCAUAAAAAAUUACUUGACCAAACCUCCAGUUCUAGCGGCUCCUGUGCCUGGAAAGCCAUUGAUACUAUACAUAUCGGCACAAGAAAGUUCAGUUGGAGCACUCUUAGCCCAAGAGAAUAGCAAAGGGAAAGAAAAUGCCCUUUACUACUUGAGUAGGAUGAUGACGCCAAAUGAGUUGAAGUAUUCGCCGAUUGAAAAGUUGUGUCUGGCCUUAGUCUUCUCGAUUCAGAAGAUGAAACACUACUUUCAAGCCCAUGUAGUUCGUCUUAUUUCCAAAGCAAACCCCAUCAAAUUUGUGAUGUUGAAACCUGUCCUUAGCGACCGACUAGCAAGGUGGUAUCUCCAAUUUCAACAAUUUGAGAUUGUGUACGUUCCUCAAAAAGCUGUGAAAGGGAAAGCAUUGGCGGAUUUUCUAGCAGACCAUCCGAUACCCGAUGACUGGGAAUUAACUGAUGAACUACCCGAUGAGGAUGCGAUGGUCAUUGAGAUUCAACGGCCUUGGAAGAUGUAUUUUGAUGGUGCUGCACAUCGCGAAGUAGCUGGCGCUGGUGUGAUAUUUGUCACUUCUCAGGGGGAGGUCUUACCGUAUUCCUUCACUUUAACACAAUGUUGCUCUAACAAUGUUGCAGAAUAUCAGGCACUCAUACUUGGGCUUGAAAUGGCUGUUGAUAUGAAGCAGUUACAAUUACAAGUCUUUGGAGAUUCUGAAUUGGUAAUCAAUCAAUUGUUGGGUACCUACGAGGUCAAAAAGCCAGAAUUGCGUCCCUAUCAUCACUAUGCACAAAAAUUAAUUGGGUGGCUCGGCAACGUAACUCUCCAACACGUGCCAAGAAAGGAAAAUAAGAAAGCUGAUGCUUUGGCUACUUUGGCUUCAACAUUGAAUUUGCCUGACCAAGCGCAAAUCACUAUCUGCCAGAAAUGGAUAGUACCACCGGAGGACGAUGGGGAUGAAGAAAGCAAACUCGAGCUUCUUGUGGCCGUUACUGAAGCUGAGAAAGUCGAUUGGCGACAAACCAUGAUCGAUUACUUGUGUUAUAGCAUUCUUCCAGAAGAUCCAAAAAGAAAGACCGAAAUUCUUCGUCGUGCCCCUCGCUUCCUUUACUACAAAGAUACUUUGUACCGUAGAUCAUUCGAGGGAGUUCUCUUGUGUUGUCUGGGGGAAGAAGAAGCGACUCAAGCUAUGCAAGAAGCCCACUCUGGAGUUUGUGGAUCACAUCAAUCUAGGCCAAAACUGCACUUUCAUAUAAAAAGGAUGGGGUAUUAUUGGCCAACAAUGGUGAAAGAUUGUUUGGACUAUACGCGAAGUUGCAAAGCAUGCCAAUUUUAUGCAAAUUUUAUACACCAACCUCCUGAGGUGUUACAUCCAACUGUUGCAUCUUGGCCAUUUGACGCUUGGGGGAUAGACGUGGUUGGACCGCUACCGAAAUCUUCUGGUGGCCACUUGUACAUCUUAGCUGCAACGGAUUACUUUUCAAAAUGGGCUGAGGCUGUCGCCCUCAAAGAAGUAAAAAAGGAGAAUGUGGCAAACUUCAUUCGAGUAAACAUCAUCUAUCGUUUUGGCAUUCCUAGUUAUAUCAUAAUAGAUAAUGGCAAGCCGUUCUCCAACAAGUUGAUGACUAAGAUUUGCGAGCUUUUUGGCUUCAAGCAACGAAACUCGUCUAUGUAUUAUGCUGCUGCAAAUGGACUAGCUGAAGCAUUUAACAAGACCUUGUGCAACUUGUUAAAGAAGGUCGUCUCCAAGUCUAAAAGAUAUUGGCAUGAUAGAAUGGAAGAAGCUCUUUGGGUAUACCGAACGACUCAUCGCACACCAACUCAAGCAACUCCUUAUUCUCUUGUUUACGGAGCUGAAGCGGUCCUUCCACUUGAACGCCAAAUACCUUCAUUGCGGCUCGCUAUCCAAGAAGGGCUCACUGAAGAGGAAAAUGCUCGUCUACGCCUUGAAGAGUUAGAGGCCCUUGAUGAGAAAAGGCUAGAAGCUCAGCAAAGCCUUGAAUGUUAUCAAGCUCGUCUUUCCCGUGCUUUCAAUAAAAAGGUUCGCCUGAGGUCCUUCCAAGUUGGUGAUCAAGUCCUGGCGGUAAGAAGACCUAUUAUCAUAUCUCAUAAAUCUGGACGAAAGUUCACUUCAAAGUGGGAUGGGCCAUAUGUUGUCCAAGAAGCCUAUACAAGUGGUGCUUACAAGCUUAUAGAUGCAGAUGGCUUGCGGAUCGGUCCCAUCAACGGGAAAUUCUUGAAGAUGUACUAUCCUUGA